AUGCGUAGAACUCAGGCUAUUCAAGGGCUUGAAGGAUUGAUUUUGUCGUUUCUCAGUCAACUCUGCGAUGCAUCUGCGGUAUCAGAUGACUCAGAUUCCGAAGAAGACUCUAUGAGCCCGAAGGCAAAAGCGAAGAAAACAUCAGGAAAGAAGAUUGAAAUGCAGAUUCUGGAUCGCAAGAAGUCACCGGUCGACGGUGUUUCACCCAUGCGCACAAUCAAGUUCCCUGGACGAGGGAAACAUGCCAGCUCGCGAGUCUUUGCCCAACUCUUCCGGGUUAUUGACGUGGCACAUGAAGCUUUAGUCAACGAUGUGCCUAUCACCAAACGAGACAUACACUAUCAAGACGUUGCACUUUUCAAGUCUCAGAGAGUGGUGGACCAGCUGAUCGACGACAUCUCAGCUACCAUCGGCGUUGGAAGAGGGGAUCUGAACGUUCGCGCCUCUUCUAAAGGCCUUAUAUGCGGUUCUUCACUGGUCCUUCAUCUCGUCGAUGAAGGAGAGCUGGCUGUAACCGACUCGGAGGGAUCUUUGAUCCCCGUUGCUGAGGACAUCGCUCGCUUCGACUUGAAGACAGAAAUUCAUUGGGUCCUGAUUGUUGAGAAGGAUGCGGUAUUCCAGACGCUUUGUCGGCUGCGCCUCACAUAUCAUCCAUCCCUACCAGGACCAGGACUAAUCGUCACGGGUAAAGGAUACCCCGACCUCGCCACCCGCCAACUCGUGAAGACACUCUCCGACAAUCUUCCCGAAACGGUACCGAUUCUGGCUUUGGUUGAUGGGGAUGCAUACGGAAUCGACAUCGUCUCAGUCUACAAGUUCGGCAGUCAAGCGCUCAAGCAUGAGAGUGAACGACUCGCUGCUGAGAGGGUGCAGUGCAUUGGGCUCUGGUCGAGCGAACUCGGGGAGCUUGGGAUAGACAACAGCUCUCUACUUCAGAUCUCAGCUGCCGACGAGAAAAAGGCACGGAAUCUGCUCCUCAGAGCGGAUCCGCUCCUUCCAAUGAGGUGGAAGAAAGAGCUCCAAUCGAUGCUCUUCACGCGUCGUAAAGCAGAAAUCGAGAUCCUCUCGUGCGCUAGUAUCCCACCACGACCAAGUUCUUCGUCGAACAUCACUUUUGAAGAGGAUAGUGGGAGUGGGUACGAGCACCCGUUGGUGCGGUAUCUGGUUCCGAGGAUCAAUGCAGCCGUAGACGAACUAGCAAUGAAUGUAGAGAUGGGUUGA